UUUUACACGCUAGUACUGUAACAUUUGCCAGUAUCUCACUUAACACCGCCCCUAAAUACAGCGACACUCCUAAUGCGACUCAAUGCGCCCCACGCUAUUUCCAUUAACACAAGCACAACGUUAAAGGAGACCAUGGAAAACCGUCCCAAAGUCCGGAGAACAACGGACUACAGUGUCUUGGAACUCAGCCCACUACUGGAUGGCGGUGACGACGACGACAACAACGGCAAAACCAAAAAGGAUCAAGACAGAAAAAGUCGACGAAACGUUUGCAAGAGCCUGAACCUGAAACUCACCUGUAUACUAAAAGAGAUUGGGGUGGAGUUGUCCCUGUCCAUCUUCCUGUUCUUGCUUUGGGCUUUGGUGCAGUUCUCCGUGCGACAGCUGCUCGUCUGGAGGUCCACGGGCGAGUUCAAUGCCGAGAGGGCCAGGAAACAUCUUGACAACAUAACAGCAUUCGGCCCCAGGCCUGUUGGGAGUCCAGAAAAUGAAAUAUUGACAGUAAAUUAUCUCCUGAGUCAAAUCGAAUUUAUCAGACAGGAAAGUAACCAAACUGCUCACACAAUUACAGUGGAUGUACAAAGGCCUACAGGAUACAGAAACUUUGGUUACUUUAUCAAUUACUAUGACAACAUCACUAAUAUUGUUGUUAAGCUGGAGCCAAGAGGAGGAGAAGGUGCACAACAUGCAGUGCUGGCAAACUGUCAUUUUGAUUCUGUGCCAAACAGUCCAGGUGCUAGUGAUGAUGCUGUCAGCUGCUCAAUUAUGCUUGAAAUACUGCGUUCAUUAUCAAAUCAGUCCACUCCACUGACCCAUGGCAUUUUGUUCCUUUUUAAUGGUGCAGAGGAAAGUGGGCUGCAGGCUAGUCAUGGAUUCAUCACACAGCAUCCAUGGGCUAAGCUUGUGCGGGCUUUCAUCAAUCUUGAAGCUGCUGGAAUUGGAGGGAAGGAGAUAGUAUUUCAAAUAGGUCCUAACAGCCCGUGGCUUGUGAAGGCUUAUGCCCUUGCUGCAGUACACCCAUUUGCCUCUGUUGUUGGACAAGACAUUUUCCAGAGUGGCGCUAUCCCAUCAAUUACGGAUUUCAGAGUCUUUACAGAAUUUGGAAACAUUUCUGGCAUAGAUAUGGCCUUCUUUGAAAAUGGUUACCUCUAUCAUACCAAGUUUGAUACACCCGACAGAAUUCUGACUGAAUCCAUACAAAGAGCUGGUGACAAUAUUCUGGCUGUGAUUAAACAUCUUGCUACAUCUAAUGAGCUGUCUGCCUCCGUACAGUAUCAGCAUGACAGCAUGGUUUACUUUGAUCUACUGGGAGUGUACUUGGUUGCUUACCCAGCACGAACUGGCACAAUCAUUAACUGCAUUGUCGCAGUGGUGACUUUCAUUUAUCUUAUAAACAGAAUGUUUCUUCCUAAUGGUGGCAGAUACUGGAAGUCCUUUUUAUAUAUACCAUUUGUCACUGUCGGAGGCCUGAUCAUCGCUGCUGGCAUCAUUGCUGGCAUUAUUAAUCUGACUGGACGUGCCAUGUUCUGGUAUAACUACUUCUAUGCUGCAGUUUUCCUUUAUGGAUCAGCAUCUGUCACUGUGCUGCAACUCAUUGUCUUCCUAGAAAAGAAUUGGUGCUGUGGGCCUCAUCAUAAAGUGAGCCAUUUUGUCCUGGCUGAGUUGUAUUUCGAUGUCUCGUUGAUGCUGUGGUCCCUUGCCCUGGUUUACCUGACUGUAAAAGGAUGGUGUUCUGCUUAUGUUCCACUGAUGAUGGUCGUUUUUCCGCUUUCCACCAAGCUCUUUUGCUGUCACUCAUUCACUCAGUGUGGGUCCACAGUGAAGUACCUUCUGGGCUUGUCUCUUCCCUACAUGCACAUCACAUUCCUGAUUUGGUUGGUCCUUGAGAGCUUCUGUGCAAUCCUAGGACGCAGUGUUGGAGAUGAAUCACUAGAUAUUGUGAUGGCUUUUCUAAUUACGGGGAGCACCCUCAUUCUGGCAACCUAUCUUGUGCCUAUUUUUUAUUUAAGUAAGUGCACAAAAGAAAUACUCUUUCUGUGUGUGUCUGUCUUUGUUGCAAUGGGUGUGCUGGUUCUUUGUGGCACCUUUUUUCCAUUCUCAUCUGAUCCUGCCAGCCCUCGUCCAAAGCGUAUUUUCCUUGAGCACACAACCAGGACAAUCCAUGACCUCACUGGGCAAGUGGUCACGAAGAACUCUGGGGUAUGGAUCACUAGCAUGGAUUAUACUGGAAUGGAUUACGUGACUCCACACAUCCCCGAAAUCAACGAUUCCAUUCGUGUUGACUGUCGGAGUACAGCUCAAGACUGUAGUUUUUCAUGUCUCCAGUUUGCCAUUACGAAGCAGUGGUACCUGCCAGCCCCAGAGGUGCACCCUAAGCAUGCCCUUAAUUUUACUCUACUGGACAGACAUGAGACGCCGUGGGGGACCACCAACCUAACGUUUGAAGUCUUAGGGCCCAGUCAGUUGUUCUUACACCUGAAAACCAAGAAUGGAACACAACUCAAAAACUGGUCCUUUACAAGUGGAGAUGGACAUAGUGGGGAGCGGAAUGUGUCAAUUUACCGUGGCUUAAGUUCCUCUGCCUGGCACUUCUGGUUAGAGAUGAAAGUCAAUGAGACCAAUUCAGAAGAAGGCAUAAUCUCCAUCGCUGUGGCAUCUCAGUAUGUUCAUGGAGAUGAUCAGAAUACUGACAUGCUGAAAGACUUAAUGCAACGCUUUCCAGAUUGGUCAUUCCCUUCACACUCAGUCAGCACCAGGCAUUUCUUUGUCUUUUAAGUUCCAGUAAUGCUGCUUUUGUGAAAGAUGGGAUUGUUAGUUUAUCAAAAUUAUUUACAAUGUUAUUAAAGAAAUACACCCAAAAAUUAUAUUUCUUGUGUUACUUACACCAUUUUGUUGAUAGUGAUGGCUGAGGAAAAAAAAUUAAUGUCAUGUUUUUGUGCAGAAUGAAGAGAAAAAAGUUUCUGAUAUAAUAGAACCCAAUGGGGGCCAGUGCUGUACAAUGGUAAAUGUGAAA